AUGAACGAAAUUACUAACAUUGAGAAUGAAGAAGGGGAGUAUUUAUUAGAAGAAGCAGUUAAUGAUGUAUAUGAAGCUGUGAUUCAAGAUGAAGAUGAAUUAGAAGACAAUGAAAUUGUGGAUGAAGAUGUUCUUUGGUUUAGAGAAGAACUUCAAAAACAUAAGAAUUUGAAUUGGCUUUAUAGACCUUCAGUGGUUCUUGUUAGUGUAGCUUUAUUCUUCUUCUCAAUCGCAUCUGCAAUUGGAUCUCCAGCUUCUCAAGUUGUAGUUUAUCAAUUAAGUUGUAAUAGUGUGGCAAAGGAUGGAAUUUGUGAUCCCGUUGCGGCUCAACUCCUUCUUUCAACUUUCAAUCAAUUUCAAUUGGUAGUUAGUGGUAUUUUACCCAUUGUUGUAUCUGGUAAAUUUGGUGAAUUAUCUGAUCGUUAUGGUAGAACACCUUUCAUUGGAAUGAUUUUUACAUCUGUUUGCGUUCAUAAAGUCAUAAAUUAUAUUCUUUUUACAAAAUCGACUACUUUGCCAUUUCGAGCACUUUUAAUUGUUGAUUUCCUUUGUUCAGCUUUUGGUGGUAUACCACCCUUGAUAGCUAUGAUUCAAUCUUAUGUCACUGAUGUUGUUGAUAUUCAUGAAAGAUCUUUCUCCAUUGGGUUGGUAAAUGCUGCUAUAUUAACUGGUUCAGCAUUAGGUCCAAUUGUAUCUAAUUUAAUAGUAUCUUUUAUUCCAAUUGAAGAUGGUAAACAUGUUGGAUUACCAGUUGCAUCAAUACAAUCCAAACUUGUAGAUACUUUUGCUGAUAUUCCAAAGAGACAAUUAGUUCCAUUAAGAAUUGAAAUGGUUCUAAUUGUACUCAUGACUACGUAUGUUUUGUUUCUCCUUCCUGAAUCAAGAGGUGAAAAAGCAAGAAGUAAAUCUAGAGCCAAUUCUAUGGCUUCUGAUGUAAAUGCUUUACAACAACUUAGGACUUUAGAAGCUCCAACAUUCUGGACUAAAUUCAAUCGUUACUUCAAUAUCUUUAAGCCACUUUAUUUAUUAACUUACCCUUCAGAUAUUGUACCGGCUCAUCAAAGGCAAAAUAUCAAAAGAAAUAGAUUUGUUGUGUUACUUAUAAUAGUUUCUACUGUAUUGAUUAAUAGUGCGGCCGGAGCCAUGGGUCAAAUAUCUAUUCAAUAUGGUCUCCUUCGUUUCAAUUGGGAUUCCACAAAUAUUGGAUAUUUUUUAACUGUUUAUUCAAGUUCAUCUGCCAUGGUACUUAUUUUCAUUGCCCCUAUUAUUUCAAAGACUAUAUUACCCAAAGUGUUUAAACUUAGAGUUAUGAAACAUCAAAUUGAUUUAAUUGAUGUUUCAUUAAUGGUAGGAGGAAGAAUAUUCGAUGUUAUAGCAUAUAUAUCAUUGGCAUUAGUAACAACAAGUAAUCAAUUUUAUGCUUCAUUUGCUGUAUUAGCAUUAGCUGCACCUGCUGGUCCGGCUGCAAGUGCUGCACUUUUAAAAUUUUUCCCAGUUUCUAAGACUGGUGAAUUCUUUGGUGCAAUUUCUUUAUUACUGAGUCUUUUAGGUUUGAUAACUCCUAUCCUUAUGUUGAGUCUCUAUAAGUAUUUUAUUGGUGCUGGUACACCACAAUAUACUUAUUUAGCCUUUGCUUUACCUAAUAUUAUCUAUAUUGUUGUUAUUCUUCUUGUUAAGAGAAUAAUGAACUUGACUACAAGAACUAGAGAACAAGACUUAAUUAGAAGAAGUUCUUCUGUUUCCUUUGGUUCUUUAAGAGAUGAUUAA